UGCGGCUUCCGUAAACAUACCAAUGAAACAACUUAAAGUUAAUACUACUAUUUGAUUGGUUAAAGUUCUACGCUGUAGCCAAUAAUAUUCUUUGGAAGGCGGGACGUAUCCGCCUUGCUUCUGCUGGAGCUUUGAUUUUGUUCCCGCCUCUUUCUCUGAGUGACAAGGAAAGAGUCCAAUGGUAUGAAGUGCAUAGAGGGCUGACCACGUCAACAGACUGCUCUGUCAAAAACCAAUCAUAAUCUGCUUAGUAGACGGGCUGUGAAGACUGACAAGCAUUGGCACCUAUCAGCACACAACGCUGGGAUUUUCACGCGAGGUCUGGUCAUGCGCAGCCAAUAGGCGUUUGGAAAGGGGGCGGGUCUUAAGGUUACCACGGCACGGUCAACGUCAAGUAUAAAGGGAAUAACAUGGUGCAGCUGAGUGCAUGUUUACGUUAAGAGAGGACAACAGAAAGGUAUUAAAAAGCCUUCGAGUUUACUUGUACGGCGCCUUUUAAUAGACUAGUUUUUAAAAUUCACCCUGCCAUUUGGUAUGUGAUUGCCUAACUCCUCAUGUGCCACUUGUCCCAAUGGAAAGGGGCUUUCAGUUUGGAAACGUGUGCAUAUCUCUGGUGCUGCUGCUUGUUUUGAGAACGUUAACGGGUACUUUGCAGAGUCAGUCUCUUUCGGAGAACCUCGAAGCGGUGCCGAAGCCAAAAACUGAGGCGGCAGAAGAUGCUACCGUCAUGGAGCGGGCACUUGACAACGUUGGCGGAGCCCCGGGCAUUGGAGAAGUGACCGUGGAGGACGACGAGUACGACUCGACCGGAGAAAGCGAAGAACCGUCUGGAGACAGCGACGCAAAGUUUCAUCAGCACAAAAGGGCUCUGGUGAUCAUCAGCACUUUAGAUGGGAGAAUCGCAGCUCUGGAUCCUCUAAAUCAGGGACGCAAGCAGUGGGACCUGGACGUUGGAUCAGGUUGUCUUGUGUCCUCUAGCCUCAGCAAACCAGAGAUUUUUGGGAAUAAGAUGUUUAUCCCGUCUCUGGAUGGAGCGCUGUUCCAGUGGAACAGAGACAGGGAGAGUAUGGAGGCUGUCCCCUUCAGUGUUGAGUCCCUGUUGGACUCCUCGUACCGCAUUGGAGAGGAUACUGUGCUGGUAGGGGGCAAGUCCCUCACCUCGUAUGGCCUGGGUGCAUACAGCGGCAAGCUGAAGUAUAUCUGUUCGGCGGUGGGCUGCAGUCGGUGGGGGGACGAGGAAGGAGAGCCAGAGGACAUACUGUUACUCCAGAGAACACAGAAAACAGUCAGAGCAGUGAGACCUCGCAAUGGCUUUGAGAAAUGGAACUUCAGUGUGGGAAACUUUGAGCUGAAAUUUGUCCCUGUGAUCCAGUCCAACCUCAACUUCCUGGAGGGGGAGGCGUCUAAUGGGGAGACCUGGCGCGAGGUCAGACAUGAAGCACAGCACGUAAUCCAGGAGGAGACUGAUGCACAAACCAAAAAUCAUGCUAAUACACAUCCAAAUCCACACACUCAGGUAGAGGGCUUAGACCUGGUCAUCAAAGUUUCCGUGCCGGACUGGAAAGUCAUGGCCUUCAGCACCAAACCAGAAGGACAACUAAUCUGGGAGCAUCAGUUUUGCAUACCCAUUGCCUCUGCGUGGUUGGUGGGAGGGGGCAAGGUGACACCCAUCAGCCUGUUUGAUGACACCUCCUACACACCCCACUCUGAGACCGAGACUCAGGAGGAUGAUGACAUCAUGGACGAGGCCCGAGAGGCCACAGAGUCUAGCGUUUACUUGGGGAUGUUUCAAGGUCAGUUAUACCUUCAGUCCUCAGUGAGAAUCUCAGAGAAGUUUCCAUCGAAGCCUAAAGCUCUAAACGGUCGGGGCACCAGUGCAAACAUGAUACCACCACCUACUGUCAAAUGGAAGCCCCUCAUUCACUCCCCCUCCCGUACUCCAGUCCUGGUGGGCUCUGAGGAGUUUGAUAAAUGUCUAAACAAUGAUAAAUUCUCUCAUGAGGAGUACAGCAAUGGAGCUCUGUCAAUAUUGCAGUAUCCGUAUGAUAAUGGAUACUACUAUCCAUAUAAUCCUCGUUACCGCAGUCGCCGUGAUGAGACAGCGGUGAGUGUUUUGCUGAAGAAGGAUGGAGUGGGGUCACAGCUGAGAAGAAAAGACCCUGUGCUGCUGCUGCCAUGGUGGAAAGAGAUUCUGGGUACCAUCAUCUUCUGCAUUGCUGCCACCACCUACAUCGUCCGCAAGUUCUUCCACCCACCCACAACAUAUGUGCGGCAAAGGAAGGAGUCUGAGACACAGUGUCAAACAGACAGCAAGUUUGAACUGGACUUUACAGAGCCCAAAGAAGUUGUCGUCACAGAGACUCGCCCUAAUGAAUAUGUCUCAAGAUACCUGACAGACUUUGAGCCCGUGCAGUGUUUGGGACGUGGUGGAUUUGGUGUUGUGUUUGAGGCACGCAACAAAGUGGACGAUUGCAACUAUGCCAUCAAGAGGAUCCGUCUACCCAACAGGGAGUUGGCCCGUGAGAAGGUCAUGCGAGAGGUGAAGGCUCUAGCUAAGCUGGAACACCCAGGCAUCAUUCGUUACUUUAAUGCCUGGCAGGAGAGUCCACCACAGGGCUGGCAGGAGGACAUGGAUAAACGCUGGCUCAAAGACGCCAGUACUGCUGACUGGCUGCUGAGCUCUCCUGACCACAUGGAAGCAUUCUCAGUCAAGGUUCCUGUGGCUUCUCCCUCUCCGGUGGACUCUUCAUGCAUGUGCGCUGGCGGUGGGGAUACAAGUGUGUGCGCUGGUGAUCAGGUGUGUGUGGAGGGUCUGGGGCUGGACAGUUUGAUGUCAGAGAGAGACAGUCAGGCCGACCUAGAUGCUGUCCUGGAAGUCUCCGAUUCUCCCCACUCUUUUGUGCUCUGCCCUCCCCGCACAGUUGCUCCUGGUGACUGCACUUCCUCCUCCUUUGAUAUUGUCUUUGAGGACUCAGGCUGUGAACACCAGGACAAUGAAAGUGAUCUCAGCGGAAGCACACCUGUGCCACCAGUGUGCCCUUCUCGGUCUGGCUCCAAACCCCAAUGUAGUACAUCAACAAGGCCACCCUCUUCCACACCUGCACGGCCCACCUCUCUGAGUCUGGUCUCCAGCACCCCCUGCCCUGCUGUGCGGCCCCUGCUCACACCUAAAGUCUACCUGUACAUUCAGAUGCAGCUGUGCAGGAAGGAGAACCUGAAGGACUGGAUGGCCCAGAGAUGUUUGCCUGAGCUCAGGGAGAAUGCAGAGUGUCUGGACAUCUUCCUGCAGAUUGCAGAGGCUGUGGAUUUCUUACAUAGCAAAGGACUUAUGCACAGAGAUCUUAAGCCUUCUAAUAUUUUCUUCACAAUGGACGACGUGGUAAAGGUGGGAGACUUUGGACUGGUAACUGCCAUGGAUCAGGAGGAAGACGAUGAGGAACUGAGUGCCCUCACCCCAAUGCCAGUCUAUGCCCGUCACACCGGCCAAGUGGGCACCAAACUCUACAUGAGCCCUGAGCAGCUGUCUGGGAAUUCUUAUUCCCAUAAGGUUGACAUUUAUUCCCUCGGAUUGAUUCUUUUUGAGCUGCUCUAUCCAUUCCGCACACAGAUGGAAAGAGUCAGGACACUCACAGAGGUCAGAGCCCUGCAGUUUCCUGCUGCUUUCUAUAAGGCCAAUGUCCAGGAAGCUCAAAUGGUGCGUUGCAUGCUGUCUCGAGUGCCCGCAGAGCGGCCGGAGGCAUCAGAAAUCACAGAGGCUCCCCUGUUCCAGGAGCUGGAGGUGCCCUGCAGAAUCAGACAACGCACUCGGACGUACAGCGCAUCAUCUGCAGGACGACCAUCACGACAGAUAUCCACAUCAAACUAGAAUUCCCACUCAAAGACAGGCAUAUACUGUGCCUCAUCUACAGGACAACAAAUGCAACCAGUCACCCCCUCUUGGCACACACAAAAUUCCAACCUUCCAGAAACUUCCAUUAAGCAACAGAUCAUUCCACAGACCUCUAAAACUGGAAUCGCACACCGCAAGCGCACACAUUAAACCUCAUGGUAACGAUAAAUUAAGAUACUGGCCACUUCAUCCAUUCUUAACUGACCAGAUAAGGCCUUUUUGCCAAGGUUGCUCAACUUCCACCUUUAGAGUCUUGAGUUAAGGCCCCUUUUGCUCUCCUUUUAACUCAUUGUUGACCAAUCACAUGAUUUCCAGCUCGACUUCAAGAUGUACCAUUCUUACACACCCACACACACUUCUAGGAGGAGAGUUGUUGUUUAUGCAGUGCUGAUGAAUGCUGAUGAAUGACCUGCCUUUGGACGUGGUUCGCUCUGCAUGUCUUAAACAGGAAGUUGUGCAAUACAUGCUUUCCUGUCCGAACAGAAAUUGUAUUCGUUAUUUUUCUCCUGUAAUUUAAAUAGGCUUAAAUACCAAGUAAGCAAGAGAGGCUUUGUGUGCUUGAAAGGUGCACAUUCGAGACUGAACGCACAAGUUAUAUAGCAUUAUAGCCACUCGCUGUUAUGGAUAAACAGUGUUGGUGGCUUAGGUGUUCAUUACUUGAUGAAACUGAAACUGCAUAUUGCUGAGUGCAACUGGGGAUUUUUAAACUGCCUUUAAAGCUGGACUUUACCGAGACGCGAAUGACAUGUUUGUGAUUAUGGUCCGUUUGAGGCUUUUGUGCUGUCAGAAUAAGUGGCUUAGAAUUGAAUCAAGAGUGGUUUGAAAUGCAGACUGUAAAAACCAUUCUGUAAAAUACUUCAUCUCAUUAGCACCUAAAAAUGUAGUUUACUGUAUCUCUAAUUAUUUUGGGCCAGACAUUAUAAGGAUUUUUCGGGAUAAGUCUGAAUAAGAAGUGCUUUGACUAAUCACAUACACAAUAUGAGAUACAGCCAGAGGAAUCACUUCAACCAAAUACUGAGCACACACGCUUAAUUGUAACAUAUCAGGUAAUAACUGAUUGUAUCAUUGUUCUUAUCAGUUUUGAAUUGAUAAGGGAUUGGGGAAAUUGAAUUUUCCCUUAGAACCAAUGUAAUUUUCUUUUGUAUAUGGUGGAAUUUUCUGUAUAGUAACUGCUUUUUACACAACUUUUUUCAACGUCCAUGGACCCGUUUAUCCUAAGAAUUGUUCUCAAAGGUGUUGAGUUUGAGAGAGAAUGGAGACAGAUCUCUAAGGUCUCUUCUGUUUAAAAGACACACUGGGUGCCUCUGUGUGCGAAUACUGGCAUGUUUCCUGAAAGGGCCAUUAUGCUGCAGAUCGGACAUGAGAUUACGACCUCUGACCCUUAAUCACGAUCACAUGACGCUUUGUCCUGUAAUCUAUGUCAGGGACCACUUUAUGAAUCCUUUACCUUUUAACCUGUUGCUGUGAACGUGACCCAGUAAAGGCAACCAAGAGUGCUAAUCCCGUUUGUUCAGAUCACUGUGGCUACUGGGCAAGCCCUUCCCUGUCUAAUGAUCACAAAUGAUGUCUCUCUGUUUAUAUUCAUUUUAUUGAUGGCUGUUUUGAUCAUAGCCAGCCCGUUUCGUUAUUGUCAAUGUAGCGUUUGGUUUUGACACAAUUCAGUUUCAGUCAUGUUCAUCAGCUGUUUUCUGUUUUGUUUGUCCUGUGUCUGUUGAAAUCCCAGUUUCACGUUCCUUUAGCCCAGCUAUCUGUCCAGUCGUGUAUGUAAAUAUGUUUAUUUGUUUUUAUUUAUGUUGACUGUAAAAAUCAAUCCGUUGGAUUGGUUGAGCUAUAAAUAAGGUAUAUGAAUGUACUUCAUCCAGAGGAGUGCGUUGAAAUAUUGUGACUUCUUACAAGUCAGAAUUUAAUAAACAUUCUAUGAUGUU